AUGGCUGUAGUCAUCCGUUUACUGGGGCUUCCUUUUAUUGCGGGCCCUGCGGAUAUUCGUCACUUCUUCAAGGGAUUGACUAUUCCUGAUGGAGGAGUGCAUAUAAUUGGAGGGGAAAUUGGGGAGGCUUUUAUUAUUUUUGCAACAGAUGAAGAUGCAAGACGUGCCAUCAGUCGUUCAGGAGGACUUAUCAAGGACUCAUCUGUAGAGCUCUUUCUCAGUAGCAAGGCAGAAAUGCAGAAGACUAUAGAAAUGAAAAGAACUGAUCGCAUAGGAAGAGAGCGACCAAGAUCUGGGGGAUUAGGGGCUGGUAGCCUUGCUAAUUUUGGUGAUGCUGUUAAGGAAGAAGCAAGUAAUUCUGGAUAUCAAGAUGCUGAGUUUCAUACUAAUGGUACAGGACGUGAUGAUUUAAAGCCAAGAAGGACACGGCCAGCAAGAGCCAAAAAUCCUUACUUAUUUCUGCGGGGUUUGCCUUAUUUAGUAAAUGAAGAUGAUGUACGUGUUUUUUUCUCUGGUUUGUGUGUGGAUGGAGUAAUUUUCUUAAAACAUCAAGAUGGCCGAAAUAAUGGCGAUGCCAUAGUAAAAUUUGCUUCAUGUAUUGAUGCUUCAGGAGGUCUAAAAUGUCAUAGAAGUUUUAUGGGUUCAAGAUUUAUAGAAGUAAUGCAAAGCUCAGAUCAACAGUGGAUUCAGUAUGGUGGUAAGGAGGAUGAAGUUCCUAUGAGAACUGAAGAACAUUCUCCAACAAGAGGAAUUAAUGAUAGACACUCUCGAAAGCGGUCUCAUUCAAAAUCUCCCAGAAGAACACGUUCUCGUUCUCCUGUUGGACAUUAUGUUCACUUAAAAAAUCUGUCUCUAAAUAUUACGAAGAGAGAUUUAAAAAAUUUCUUUAGAGAUACUAAACUGAGUAAUGAGCAGAUUACAUUUUUAUAUAAAGAUGAAAAAAGAACACGGUAUGCCUUGGUGAUGUUCAAGACUUUGUCAGACUUUUAUACUGCUCUGGCUUUACAUAAGACUGUUGUCCAGUAUCGUCCAGUUCAUAUUGAUCCAAUUUCCAGGAAAAAGGUGCUGAAAUUAAUGGAAUAUUAUGAAACAAAAAGACCAGGGUCAGUAGAGACAGAGAGGCCUGGACAUGUUUCACAAAAAUAUUCUAAAGAAGGUUCCUCUGGCCAAAAGUUGUGCAUAUAUAUAAGAAAUUUUCCAUUUGACGUCACAAAAGUUGAGGUGCAAAAGUUCUUUGCGGAUUUCUCUCUUGAGGAGGAUGACAUUUACUUGCUUUAUGAUGACAAGGGAGUUGGUUUGGGAGAAGCAUUGGUGAAAUUUAGAUCAGAAGAACAAGCCAUGAAAGCGGAACGUUUAAACCGGCGAAGAUUCUUGGGGACAGAGGUAUUGUUAAGAGUUAUAUCUGAGGCACAAAUGCAGGAGUUUGGUGUAAAUUUUUCCUUGAUGUCCAGUGAGAAAAUGCAAGACCAUUCACAGUUACAUGAUAGAGAUGACCAUUCCCAUUCAUUUGACUCCAAAGAGCCACCAGGAUACUCGGUUGGCCCUUCUGAAAACUUCAGAUCUCAACUAGAGGAUGUGAGGAAGCAUUCUCAGGGAGAUUUCAGACAGCCUGAUAGGCGUCCUCCAGAAGACUUCAGGCGCCCCCCAGAGGAUUUCAGGCACUCCUCAGAAGACUUCAGACGCCCUCGUGAAGAGCACUUCAGGCGGCCUCCUGAGGAGGACUUUAGACACCCUAGGGAGGAGGACUGGAGAAGGCCUCCUGAGGAGGACUGGAGACGGCCAAUCAAGGAGGAUUUCCGGCGGCCUCCCAAGGAGGACUGGAGGCAGCCCCCUGAGGGAGACUUCAGGCGACCACCUGAUGAGGACUGGAGGCGACCACCUGAGGAUGACUUCAGGCGUCCCCCUGAGGAAGACUUCAGGCAGCCUCCUGAGGAGGACUUCAGGCAUUCCCCUGAGGAAGACUUUAGGCGGUCACCUCAGGAGCAUUAUAGGCGGCCACACCAGGAGCACUUCAGGCGGCCACCCCAGGAGCACUUCAGACGUCCAUCCCAGGAGCAUUUCCGGCGGCCACCCCAGGAGCAUUUCCGGCGGCCACCCCAGGAGCAUUUCCGGCGGCCACCCCAGGAGCAUUUUCGGCGGCCACCCCAGGAGCAUUUCCGGCGGCCACCUCAGGAGCAUUUCCGUCGCCCCCGAGAGGAAGAUUUCAGGCGCCCACCAGAUGAAGAUUUUAGGGGCCCUCCUGAUGAAGACUUCAGGCACCCUCCUGACGAGGACUUUAGGAACCCCAGGGAGGAAGACUUCAGGUGCCCUUCUGAUGAGGAUUUCAGACAGCUCCCUGAGGAGGAUUUCAGGGGAGCUAUGGAAGAGGACCCCAGACUUGCUGAUAAUUUUAGACCCCCUGGUGAGGAGUUUAGAAGCCCGCCUGAUGAUUUUAGAAGUCACCGCCCUUUUGUGAGCUUUGGUCGCCCAGAAAGUGGCAAGUUUGAUUUUGGCAAGCGUAAUAUGGGGGGUUUUCCUGAGGGAAGAUUUAUGCCUGAUCCAAAAUUAAAUUGUGGUCAAGAUAGAGCAACUCCUAUUAAGAUAAUGAAUCUUCCAUUUAAAGCUAAUGUUAAUGAGAUUUUAGACUUUUUUCAUGGCUAUAAAGUCAUACCAGAUUCCGUUUCAAUACAGUAUAAUGAGAAAGGAUUACCUAUAGGGGAAGCCAUUGUUACUAUGGUAAACUAUAAUGAAGCUAUGGCUGCUAUUAAAGAUCUCAAUGAUAGGCCAGUUGGCCCACGAAAAGUUAAGUUAAUUAUGCUCUAG